GAUGUAAGAACUGGGAUCCUGUGCAAGUUUGCUGAGAAUGGAUUGAUCAUUUGCAUGCGUAUUGAGUUCAGUGGGAUUUAUUCUCCUGCAAUCAUGCUUAAGACAGGACCCUGGGACAGAUGCUAAUAACCCUAAGGAAGACUCCCCAGCCAAUUCAAAAACCACAAUGAAAGAAGCUAAGAAGCCAUCCAUAUUCUGUAUGUCCAAGCUGAAGGUAUUUCUGCUGGCAUUAUCUUUUGCCUAUCUGGCCAAGACCAUGUCUGGUGCUUACAUGAACAGCAUGCUCACCCAGAUUGAACGGCGGUUCAACAUCCCUGCCUCAUUGGUUGGCGUUAUCAAUGGAAGCUUUGAAAUGGGCAACUUGCUGGUGAUAGCCUUUGUGAGCUACUUGGGAGCAAAGCUCCACAGACCACGCAUGAUUGCUCUCGGUUGUGCGGUCAUGGGUUUGGGAUGUUUUCUGAUAGCGCUACCUCAUUUCUUGAUGGGAAGGUACCAGUAUGAAAACUCUGUUUCGUUAUCUGAAAAUUAUUCUUCAACCAUAGCUGUUUGUCUUGCAAAUCAUAGCCAAUUUUCCAUGACCACUGAACAACCCUCAGAAGAAUGUAAAAAACAGACUGGAUCCUUGAUGUGGGUAUUUGUGCUGGUGGGAAACAUCAUUCGAGGAGUUGGUGAAACUCCCAUCAUGCCUUUAGGGAUUUCGUAUGUGGAGGAUUUCGCAAAGACAGAAAAUUCUCCUUUCUACAUUGGCUGCCUGCAGAUAGCGACUAUCUUGGGCCCUCUGUCUGGUUUAAUGAUUGGCUCCUAUUGCGCCAAACUGUAUGUGGAUGUUGGAUUCGUAGACCUAGAGGACGUGCCUUUGAGCCUCACUGAUGCUCGGUGGGUCGGGGCCUGGUGGCUGGGGGUCUUGAUCUGUGCUGCUGUGAACCUCUUAGUUGCAGUUCCAUUCUGCUUCCUGCCCAAGUCUCUACCAAAGGAAGGAGAGGAAAAGAGUGUCAACUUAACAACCAAGGGCAACAAAACUUUGCUACCGGUGGAAAAGGCAGGUCAUGCUAGAAUGAAAAUCCAUGAAAUUGCUAAAGAUUUCAUCCCCUACCUGAAAAGUCUGUCUCAAAACCGAGUUUACAUACUUUUUCUUUUGAUCACUGUGAUGCAAUUUAAUGCAUGGAUUGGGAUGAUUACCUUUAUGCCGAAGUAUCUGGAGCAACAGUAUGGGAUAUCUGCGACGGAUGCCAUUUUUUUAAUAGGUGUUUACAAUUUACCAAUUAUAUGUGCUGGAUAUUUCUUUGGAGGCCUUAUGAUGAAGAAGUUCAAGAUUAGCACCUAUAAAGCUGCCCACAUAGGCUUUUGGAGUUCUGUGGUGGAGUACCUUAUUUACUUUUCUGCUUUUUCCAUGGUCUGCAAAAAUUCUUCAGUUGCCGGCUUAACCGUCUCCUAUGAAGGGAUAGAUCAAGUCUCCUACAUGGAAGCAAACUUGUAUGCGGAUUGUAACCGCGGUUGUGGCUGCUCGUCCAAGGUGUGGGACCCUGUUUGCGGAGAGAAUGGGAUAGCUUACGUGUCAGCUUGUCUUGCUGGAUGUGAAGUACCGACCGGAACUGGGAAAACUACAGUAUUUAGAAACUGCUCCUGCAUUUCAGCACCAGGAUUUCCUUCUGGAAAUGGCACAGCAGUCCUGGGCCAGUGCAAUAGAGAGAACUGUGGCACGAUGCUGCACUACUUUUUAAUUUUAUCUUUAGUCUGCUGUUUAAUUUAUUCCUUUGGAGCCAUGCCGGGUUACAUGGUCCUAAUAAGGUCCCUAAAGCCUGAGGAGAAGUCAUUUGGUGUGGGCCUCCAUUCCCUGGCGGAAAGAGUUUUUGCUGGAAUCCCAUCGCCUAUUUAUUUUGGAGCUAUGAUAGACACCACCUGUUUGAAAUGGGGAACAAAGCGCUGCGGUGGUGAAGGAGCGUGCCGGAUGUAUGAUUCUGACACAUACAGGCUGCUGUACCUGGGCGUGCCAUCAGUCAUCCGUGGACUAUCCUACAUCCCUUGUGUGUUUGUGCUCCUCAUUUUAAAGAAACAGUGCAAGGCUCUGGUGCAUGAGGACAAAGAGACCGACGCUCAAGAAGAAAAUGGGCCAGUUGAAGAGGAAAAUGUAUCCACAGCUCAAAACUGUACACAUUUGCCUCAAGAGACAAUAAACUUGUAAAAGCAGACUUUAAAAGAAGACUGAUGACUGAAAAGCUUGUACAUCAAAUGAAGCCAGUGUAGGUUGUAACAACUUUUCCAUGCCACCUAUAGUGAUCUUUCCAGAAUACAUAUAUUACAUCGAG